AUGGAAGCAGCUGAAACCUCCAAAACGUUGAUCUCUUAUAUGGUCACUAAAAUCUAUGUUUUUUUCUUGUACAGUUUGAAUGAUGAUAGUGAGCCUAUUAGACUUGCAACUCAUGUUGAUAUAUCACAUGGAGAAGAUUUGGCACCUAUGGCUGAUCCUGUGAAUCAUGAGUCUGACCAAAAGGGACUAGCCCGAGCUGUAAUUGAGUCUACCCCCCACUGA